GGCCUCAAAAGCUUGUAAUUCCCGCGAAUGCCAGUGGCCGAAGAAAUAAGCCAUGAACUCUUCAGAACUCUUCAGAAAUGAAAUGAAGAGUUCAUAGCUCCGAAAAGCAUGAUAUCUUCUUCUUCCACCUCUUCAUUCUCAACCCUAGUCCAUCUCACGCGCCGCCGCUCUCUUCUUCUCUACUCCACCUCCCCAUUCUCCUCCAAAACCCUAAUCCACCAAAUCUCAACCGCCUUCCUCCAAAACAACCCCAAACUCUUACCCCCCGUUCCCGUCUCCAAAUUACACCCACACCACGUCCCCCCCAUCCUCCUCCGCCUCCAGUCCGACCCCGUCGCCGCCGUCCGCUUCUUCGACUGGUCCCGCACCUCUCUCGGCUUCUCCCACUCGCCGCAGUCCUUCUCCGCCCUCAUUCACCUCCUGCUCCGCCGCCGAUUGCUCGCUCCGGCUUCUCGGGUUUUCGACACCAUGGUACGCCAAUUCGGUACUCAAUUUAACAUUUCUGCUGUUUUUACAGAGAAUUUUAGUAGCUACGGUUCAAAUUUGAGUUAUGUUGGUGGUUUCCUGAUUGAGAAUUUUUGCCGAAAUGGGGAGUUGGAUUCUGCUGUUGAGGCAUUGGUUUGUAUGUGUGCAUUGGGUGCUUCGGUGCCGCCUUUUGCUGUGUGUAGAAUUUUGAGUGCUUGUGUUGAUACGAAUCGUGUACAUGUGAUUCUUGAUAUGUAUGGAAAAUUGUGUGGACAAGGUUUUGGUGUUUACGAGUUUGUUAUGUCAAGGCUUUUGGGCAAAGGUGAAGUUGAAAUGGGAUUGAAUUUUCAUUCGGCAGUGAUGGAUAGAGGUUUUGUGCUUGAUGCAGUUGCUUGUAACAAGAUUUUGAAGCUUCUUUGUAGAGAAAAUCAGAGAGGAGCGGAGGAUUUCUUUGAUGUGUUACUAAGGGUUGGUCCGGAGCCGAAUGUGGUGACUUUUAGCACCAUGAUUAACACGUAUUGUAAGGAUCAAAAAUUGGAAGAGGCAAUUAAGCUUUAUGAGGUUAUGAAAGAGAAGGGUAUCAGUCCGGACUUGGUUGUGUAUAGUAUUCUUAUUGACGGUCUCUUUAAGGCAGGGAAGUUGGAGGAGGGGCAUCGAUUUUUUUCAGUUGCAUUAGAUAGUGGGAUUAAGUUGGAUGUAGUCAUCUUGAGUUCUGUUAUGGAUGCAUAUGUAAGAACUAGAAAUUUGGAAAAGCUAGUGGAGGUGUACAGAAGGAUGUAUAACAAAGGGAUCUCACAGAACACUGUUAGUUACAGUGUUCUUAUAAACGGCUUGUGCCAGAAUGGAAGGAUAAUGGAGGCUUGUGGGAUAUUCGGUCAGAUUGUGAAGCAUGGUUUUGUGCCGUCCAUUCUAACUUAUAGUAGUUUGAUUGAUGGAAUAUGCAAACUGGGGAAUUUAAAAGAUGCAUUUAACCUGUAUGAGAGUAUGGUCAAGACUGGUUAUGAACCUGAUAUUAUUCUUUAUGGUGUGCUAUUAAAUGGCCUUUGCAAGCAUGGACUGAUGAGUGAUGCUCUUAGGUUCUUCUUUCAGGUUAUUAAUAGAGGUGUAAAGCCAAAUGUUUAUACUUUUAAUAUGUUGAUAGAUGGCUUCUGUAGAUUGAAUAGAUUAAAAAAUGCUGUGAAGGUGUACAACCAAAUGCGAAUGUAUAACAUAAGACCAGAUGUGGUGACGUAUACUGUGCUUAUUCGAGGCAUUUCUGAAUUGGGGAGACUAAAUGAUGCAUUAUUGUUUUUCUUCCAAUCAUUGAAGAGGGGUUUCUUGCCUGAUGUUGUAACAUAUUGCACCCUCAUUGAUGCUUGCUGCAAGCAGAAAUAUGUAUAUGCUGGAUUCCGGAUUUUUGAGAUGAUGCUAACAAAUCGAGUCAAUCCUGAUAUUGCCAUUUAUAAUGUUCUCAUUAAUAUGCUUUUCAAAGAAGGUUAUUUAGAAGCUGCACAGACACUCUUUGAACAACUUACUGAAAGAGGGCUACGACCUGAUAUGGUUACAUACAAUACAAUGGUUUGUGGUUAUUGUUCUCUGAGAAGGUUAGAUGAAGCUGUUCACCUUUUUCAACAAAUGACACAGGGACAGUGUAAACCCAAUGCCAUCACUUGUAGUAUAUUGAUUGAUGCUUUCUGUAAAGAAGGUAAAAUGGACGAGGCAGUGUUAUUGUUUGAUCAAAUGCUGGAAAAGGAUCCUGAACCUAAUGUGGUCACCUAUAGUUGUCUGAUUGAUGGUUAUUUUAAAUCUGAAAACAUGGAAAGUGCCUUUGAACUAUAUGAAGAGAUGCUUCAGAGUAUCUCUCCAAAUAUAGUUAGUUACAGCAUCCUCAUUGAUGGUCUUUGCAAAAGAGGACUGAUGAAGAAAGCAGCCCUUGCAUUUCAUUCUGCUAUAAACAGGGGUCUGGUGCCGGAUGUAGUAGCAUAUGGGAUCCUGAUUCAUGGUUACUGCAAGGUUGGAAGAACGGCAGAAGCCAUGGCAUUGUACGGUCGUUUGUUAAUAAGUGGAAUCACUCCGGAUGCUAUCAUACAAAGGAUGAUUGCGAAGCACCUUCUUGAAAUUCGAUCCCACCAAAAUAUGAGCACCCAACCAGAUGUUCUGUAAGAUAUGUUCUGCGGUACUGAUACAGUAUGCUACAGGAGUUUGCAAGGGGACCUUUUACCCUAUCUGGUACAACUAAUUAGGCAACUCAUUAACAUCUUAACCAUCUUCUGGGUUCCUUUUUUGUAUUCAACUGUAUAGAUGUAUAAUUUAGGGUUUAGGUUAAUUGUAAACAAUACAAAGCUAUUGUAAACAUUUAUAUUUGUUUCCUUCAGGUUAAAUGGUACCAUAUUUCUUGAUUGUAUAGUGUUGCCAUAUGUUUGAUACGGAAGGCAUAUGUAAUUCAAUCAAUAGAGAAGAUUUGAAU